ACGGGCGUCACUGAUCUAGACAGCCGGCUCUUCAGGUCGCACAGGAGUGAACACAGCCCAAGGAUGAGGACCAUCCGCUGCUCCUACACCCCCCUGAAUAAUCUCCUGCAUGAAGAGAUCUCCAGCGAUGAUUCUGAUUUUGAGAUAAUUGACGACGAUGAAGCGAAGAAUAAACCGAAAAAAGGAGGUGAGAAACCCAAAGAAGAAGUGGAGGAGCCGGUGUUAAUAGGGAGCAGCCAAAUUCUGGGGAGCGAUGACGUCAGACAGAUCGCUCAACAAUUGCCGCCUAAAGUCGUCUGCUGCUCCUGGCGGCUGCAGUACAGUACGGACAAACACGGCUUCAGCCUGAGGACCAUGUACCGCACUAUGAACGCCCUCAGCGCGCCCGUAUUACUGCUCGUCAAGGAUCAUGAAGGAAAGGUGUUCGGGGUCUUCUCCUCCUCGGAGCUCCGGGUUCUCCCCUCUUUCUAUGGGACGGGGGAGACCUUCUUGUUUAGUUUCUCUCCGCAGUUACAGGUUUUUCGGUGGACGGGGAACAAUAACUUUUUUAUUAGAGGGGACAACCAGUCAUUGACAUUCGGAGGAAGUAAAUGGUACGUCCCGAAGUUCUUAUUGUUGUGGUUGUGUUUUUCAUGUCACCUGACCUCGUUCUCUCUUCACAGCGGUAACUCUGGUCUGUGGUUGGACGAGGAUCUGUACAAUGGCAGUAGUCAGUGGUGCGCCACCUUCAAUAACCACGUCCUGUCCAGCCACAAGCACUUCCGCGUCCACAGCCUCGAGGUUUGGGCGUUCACUUGAGCUUCUGGAGAGACUGUUCAUUUCUUCUGAGAUGCAGUAUCGAGGUGACGGCCGGGAGCAAAUGAUUCCUUAUCGGACAAUGAUUACGCCCCUUGGUCUCCGGGUGGUCGGCAGAGAUUGUCUGUGAACAAUAGUCUGAUGAACAUAGGAUGCCCAUUAAAUAUGAAGGUCAUGAGUGCUGGCCGCAUCUAAGGCCGGGGUCACACUGCAGUCAGGCAAUCUGAGGUAUAUGUUGGCAUAGAGGCAAUGGCCAAUGUACACCACAGCGCACUCCCUUGGUCAGCUGUAUACCUUGCUCAGAGCUAAAGUGUCAAGAAGGCUGUACUGAGCUGAAGCAUGCAAGCCUGCUCCCUCCCCCACCCCUCUCUGCCUGAAAGGGGCACUCCACUGGAAAAAAAAAAAAAUGUAAUCAACUGGUGCCAGAAAGUUAAACAGAUUUGUACAUUAAAAGUGCAAUGUGUCAGCUCACUACAAUCCUCCGCACGACAAGGAGCCUCCAAUAAUAGAAGUAGAAAAACAAAUGCCAGCAUUAAAAAUGGCUCCUCCUUUAUUUCAUCCAAGUUAAAACCACAACAUGGAAGAACGGUCUCAGAAACAUCAACAGCAACGUAAAACCUCAGGAAACGCUCUGCAUGACGCGUUUCAGGUCAUGUGACCUUUCUCCAGAUGCAUAAUAAGUAGUGGAGAGGUGGGAGUUUAUAUGUGGAUAAACGCAACAGGUGCUUAAAGGGUCACUCCGCCGCUCAGAGUUUGGAAGAAAUGUUCCGAACGCUUAGAAUUAGUGACGGGAGCUUGUGACGGCAUAGCCCCGCCCCCUCAAUGCAAGUCUAUGGGAGGUGGCGUGUCUGCUGAGUACCCCUUUACUUGGAUGAAAUAAAGGAGAAGUCAUUUUUACCGCUGGCAUCUGUUUUUCUACUUCUAGAUUUGUAAAUUAGUUCUCUUUAAAAAUCUUAAUCCUUCUAGUACUUAUCAGCUGCUGUAUGCUCUACAGGAAACUCUUUUUUCUUUUUGGAUUUCUUUU